UUGACUGACGUCCCGUGUGUUGAAGGGCGAGGGCUGUCGGUGCGGUGCGGGGGUGCGACCAAGAAGAACUGUGUUGCAGUCGCACGUAGCUUUCACCUACUCGACAGUUUGUCUUUGAUUAUUCACUCACUUUCAAAGAUGGUUCGACCCCAUUAUGGACCACCACGUUUAAAGACCAGACCUUACGGAGAUGGUCAUAGCAUUGGCCCUGGUGAAGGGAAUUACAACCCCAACUCCAAAAGUCGAAGAGAUGUCCAGGGCUACCAAGCUAAGGCUCCUUUUCACUGGAGAGAUUCCAGAGGUAGAGGACGACCCCCAGUUGUCAGAAGAGUGCCCCUCAUGGGAGAGCAAAGGGAGCCACGUUUCAAUAACUGGAGGUCCCAGAAUCAGGAUUCCUUUCAAUCAUACCCUCCAAAAAUGGAACCACACAAUAGCCAGAGAAGGCCUUCUCCAUCUAGGCCAAACCGUCCCCCCCAUGUCCAGCACCAGUCAUCCUCUCGCAGCCCUUCACAAGGAUCCCUGAGUCAAAGGGGCCCACCUUUCCAUGGCCAACCCUCAGGUCACAGGUCACCCUCCCCAAGACAUUUUCGCAACCACCCAGCUGACAGGAGGCCAGGCUCUGCACCGGCCCACCAGGGGUCAUUCAGGGGCCACAGAAGGCAGUCAGGUUUUCAGGAGCAGCGGAAUCGAGACCCUCAUGGGAAUUACAAUCCCAGAGAAAGGCCCCAUGAGCACUCAGGCCAUGGCAUGAAGCGCUGGAACGACGCUGGAGCGUUCUCUCAUCCGCACAAUGGAGAACACAGGCCCUCUGGGUCACAGAGGAACCCCAGAGAGAUGCAUGGGAGAGGCUCAUGUCCAGAGAGGUGGUCAUCUGAGCAAGACUCCAGGCGGCAGCGAGGUCCGGUGGAGAGGCAGGGCAGCAGAUCCCACAGUAGAGAGAGGUCACAGGAUGUGCCUCACCUGCCCCCUUUCAGAUCCCCCUCAUGGAAAGGAGGUCCAUCACCGUCAUCCUCCUACCACAGGAACCCUCAGGAAAGGCAAGUGGCAGGACCCCGCAAGAGGAGGAUAGGAGACAUCAGCAUGCCCUCCUCAGACCCUGCACUGGAGCAUGGCAAUCCAAAACAGCCCAGGAGAGAGAGGCCUCAGCUGCUCAGUAUACCCAGGCCAUUCGGUGGUAAAGCUUUGCCUUUUAGGGAUAGAAAUUACCUGGUUAAGAACAGACAAGUCAGAACAGAGUCUCUCAUGAGGCUCAGAAUACCUCCAUCUGUGAAACCCAGGCCUCAUCUGGGCGACUCUGCCUCACAGGAAAAUUUCAGCUCUGUUCUUGCUAUCAGGAAGAAACGUUUCCAGUCAAAUGCAGUUCCCGUGAAAACGCUGGAACCAAGGAGAGGAAAACCACAACAUUCACCCACCAGAGAAGAAAGCAAUGCCAGCAAGUCUUCACGAGACUCUGAUACAGGCAAAGAACAGGUGGAGUCUCGCCGGUCCUUGAACACACACAGAUCUUCUCCCAUAGAGAAACGUGACCUUGUUGUUUUGUCCCACUGGCCGCCCGGGCCGAGCUCCUCCUCUAAGGACGGCUCGCCUACGAGAGAUCGCAGCCCAAAGAACAAUAACGAACGCAAUUCUGAUCAAGAGGACACACCGAACAGCCGACUCUCAAAGACGAAUGAUUCGAGAUCAUCGCCUGAAGACCAGAGACGGGGCUAUAUGGAUAAGAGGGCGUUCAGGCCCUUUAAUAUGAUGCAGGACGGCCACAGGCCCGGAAGGCCCUUCAGGAGACCAGGACAAGGUCCCGGACCAGGAUUUAUGCAGAGACCAAAGUUCACUGGUGGUCCAAGGAGGACGGGCCCUGAAAUGUCUGGUGUUCAAAAUGUUAGAAGACCGCUGAUGGAGAGCUUAGUGACACGUCCCUUCCCAAAUCAGAGGCCAGUAUUCAGAAAAAGUUACGGUAUCAUGUCUAAAUACCGCACCAUGAGAGUGAUGCGUCAGCGUGCACCGUACAACAGAGGGCCCAACCAACAACGCUGGUGAUGACCUCUGCACAGGUCCCACGCGCAGACAUCUGCUGGGUGGGCUGAAGAAACCUUUUCCCCACUACAAACCCAACCUGCCUGUAUAUUGUGGAAGUGUUUUUGCUUACACCUGUUUUUCAGUUGCACCUUUAGGGUACUGCAGUACUUUUGUUUUAGGAUAUUUUGAACAAAUGCGAUUAUACACUACUGAUUUUUGUUGCUGUUUGUGAUCUUGGCAGUCUUCAUUUUACUGAAAUAGUGUUUGCUUUUUCUUUGUUUACCAGCAGUGAUCUAUUUCCGAUUUUUGUGAAGUCCAAGAAAUGUUUACUUUAAUAUCUCACCUUUACUGUUUGUAAAGACUUGUCACAUGAAAUGUCCUGUUUAAAAUAACCAUGGGUGUUUUGAUUAGAAACAGCAGCUUUGUCAAGUGACACUUGUAAAACUUGUAUAAUCACAUGUUCAGUUUAUUGUUUGAGUCUUGAAAUAAAAUCUGUUUGACAAUC